CAAAUCGGAAAUGUCUGUCCGAUUUUGAUGUUCCAGUUUCGUUUCUUAGACAAAGACCGAUUUGACAGAGUUUUAACUUUUUAAGAAAAAUGAUAUUUAUUUUUCUAAAUAAAACAGUUAAUAUAACUUGAACGGCACCGACCCAAGUUUUCAGCUAGGACACUCGGGUUGGGGUACCAGUGAUUGAAAUGGGGAACAGUAAAUUUCGCCGUGUUCUCGUACACUAAAAAGGGAUUUUUGUGAUUAUGUGAACCAAGCUGUGAUUACUUUAGUUCAAUCAGCCCUUAUGUUAGUUGUUCCAUGUUACCGAGUUCAAAUUUGCCAGUGAUCGUGGAGUUUCAACACCUUCGGAACUCUUUGCAUUUUUUAUGGGUGUCUGUGUUAGUUGCAGAAAAUCCAAAGAUCGAGUUAAAGCCAGCGUCAAAGGGCACUGUGGUAGUAACAAAGAGUUUGCCGGUUUUAUACCCUCCAAAGCAUCGAAGAUAUGUCACAACAUCCCAGUUGUAGUGCCAAAGAAUGAUGAAAAGUGUUCGAAUUGUCUAAGCAAAAAACCUGUAGGGGGCAGUCCCCGUUCUGAGACGAUGGCUGCCUCGUUUUCGAACAUGAAUCUAACGAAUCCCAUUAAAGUCAUUGUCAGCAAGAAGCGAAAUCGGUACAAGCAGGAUGGUUUCAACUUGGAUCUUACUUACAUAACCGAUAGCAUUAUAGCAAUGGGUUACCCCGCCUCGAAUAUUGAAAGUGUUUAUCGGAACAACAUUGAGGAUGUUGUAAAGUUUUUGGACCAGAAACAUCAGGACCAUUACAUGAUUUAUAAUCUGUGUUCUGAGCGAAGUUAUGACAAGACAAAAUUUCAUAACAGGGUGAAGGAUUUUCCUUUUGAUGAUCACAAUCCUCCUAAAAUUCAGUCUGUUGAACCAUUUUGUGAGGAUGUUCAAGAGUGGCUAGCAAAAGAUGCGCGUAAUGUUGCUGUGGUACAUUGCAAAGCUGGAAAAGGUCGAACUGGGACUAUGAUAUGCUGUUAUUUGCUUCAUAGUAGGACUUGUUUGACUGCAGAUCAAGCUUUAAGUCUAUACGGUGGCAAACGGACGCAGGACACCAAAGGAGUUACGAUACCCAGUCAAGUGCGCUAUGUCAGAUACUAUGAACAGCUGCUUAACAAGGGCCUCCAUUAUCAACCAGUAACACUGAACAUUAAAGAAUUUAUUUUUGAUCCAGUUCCGACCUUCAUGGGAGGUCCGGGAAGUUUGUCUUUUAUGGUGUGGGAGUCGUUCUCCGACCACAAAUUGAGGCAAAAGUAUAAAAGUGAUGUGUGUAAAAUUCCGGUGGACAUUCAUCCGUUCACGAUCAAGUUGGACACGUGUUUUAGACUAACUGGUGACAUUAAAAUUGAUUUCUACAAUAAAAUAAUGAUGCGCAAAGAAAAAUUAUUCCAUUUUUGGUUUAAUACGUUUUUCGUUGACGUGAUGGGUUCCUCAAGUGCAAUCGGUUGUGAGGAUUGUUUCGAAUUAGUGUUUAAGAAAAACGAACUUGAUAAGCUAAGCAAGAAGGACAAGCAACAUAAAAUCUUCAGUGAAAAUUUUAAGUUGAGGAUGAUAGUGCAAAAAGUUUCCAAGUCCGACCACGCAAUUGCAACAUCUUAUCCUACAGUAUGGCCACCAUUGCAAGACACCACACCCACCGAAAGCUCAGCGGGUUCUUCCGAGGAAUCAGACGAUGACGAUGAUUGGGAUUCUGUGGUGGUGGAUCCGGAGUUGUUCGAUCCGCGGGGAGUAGGAUAUCGCAUUCUGAGCGAGUGCGAACUAGCAUCGCAACUCGCCUCGACCAGUGGCGAAAAUCACUCGGAAGUUUUGAUGGUGUGACCGCCGUCGGGAAUCAACAUACCUAUGAUAUGGGCUCUACGUGUCAAAGUGGAAAAGAUGUAAAUAUUGCAUGAUUGUCUAUCAUUCAUAACGUUUGCUUGUUGCCCUUUCACGCCAUGCAACAUGGGGUUGUGUAUCUGACAAUGUGAUGUUGCUUAUAAUUGUGCUUUACAUGCCUUCCUCAAACCGAUCACUUUUAUAGGGUGAGACAUACAUUAGCAUGUAGAACUGUCUAUUUAGGGCAAUCGUUUAAAUUAUCGCUCAUUUGCUAUACUUUAUGUCAUAGCUUUUUUACUAGUUGAAGUGAUAAUAUACAAAUAAGAUAAAAAAUUUAAGUGCUCACUAUCGGUAACUUCUCAUUGUUUGUAUGAGAAAACAGACAUUUACCCUUAUUACUCAGACACCGAGAUUUGAGAGUAUUCUUUGAAUGGAAAACAGACGUUUGUCCUGUGGAAAUUUUUUACUAUCUACAAUAGAACUAUCAUCAGCAUUUAUUUAUUCAUUAUCAUCCACAAUCCACUGGAUUUAAAUUGGUAGCAGUUGUGUGCUCAAGUACACUAGUAUUUUUUUAUAGACAACACAAUGAUGCUUGGAACCAGGGAAAUAUGGCGCUUGGCCCAGGAAUAAGACAUCAUACCUAUUCCGAGUUGUUUCCCUUGGUAAGUGGUUAUCUUUCGUUCUAUACUCAACCUUUCCAAUUUCGGAUUUUGCUGUUCAUGUGAAUUAUUCUCAGUGAAUCUACUUAAAUAUAUUUGUAGUGUUAAUAUUUAAAAAUAAAAAGAACUUGGUGUGCCCUUUUAAUAUCACAUUCUCUAGCUAAAUAUAGUGUGCUCUUAACUUUUUAGACUCGGUAAAAGGCUAAAGGUUUUUAUACGUUUACGACGUCUCUGUUUGAAUUUUUGCUCGAUAUAAUAUUUGAUUUGUGCGAUUUAUAUCUAUUCAAAUGCUAGAUAAUGCUAAACGAUUGCUGCAUGGUGUAAAAAACUACCCAAUGUCAUUCAGUUUUAUUACGUAAUUUUUGCUGCUUUUGCUAAGUGUUUAAGCAAACACUUUGUUAAUAAUUUGUAAAUUUUUCAAAUAUAUAUUUUUCUUUUAAAAUAAAGAGACUAGUACAAAAUAUUUUAUUAUUUGAUCUCAGUUUUUAUUUUUAUGAUAAAGUCUUGCCUAAGUUACUGUUCAGAAUUAUUUUAAAGUGUAACGAUUCCUAGGUAACAUUGCCUCCAUUAUUGGAUAGUAAAAUAAUUAUGUAUAUGUGAAAAGGCCUUUUGUUUGAAAUUGCAAUAAGCUUUUAUAAAUUGUAUUAAUUAGGGUUUAAUUCUCUAAAGGCAUUUUUUUGCCUGAAAGAAAAAGUGCCUAACAUUUUGUAUCGAUCUUAGAUUGCUAAUAUAAGUUUACUUUUAAUUUUUGUUUUGUAAAUAUUAAGCAUUAGCUUACGUUGAAAUACCAUACUUUGAUAUUUUGCCGCGUGCAAGUGAAUGACAUGGCUUUUUUUUAUGAUAAAAAAUUACUAUUUGGGAAUAUUUUAUUGCUUUUUCAACAUUUGUGAUUCCACUUGUUUAUUUUAAUAUUUGUCUGAUUUGAUUGCUGGAUUUUAUCAAAGUGAACAGUGAAACUCCAUAAUAAUCCAACUCAAUCUGGUCAUGUUUGUUCAACUCUAAGUGUUUCUGGACAUGUAAAACUUGCCAUUAUAAAUCACCUGUGUUGUCACCAUGUUCCUAUACUUAUAUUCACGUAAGUUCAAUUAAUAUAUUAACUGCCCUAUUUAAUAUGCACCUAAGAUUAUAUGUUAUUUGGUUUCAUUCAAAAUGAUGCAGUUAUUGAUCUUCGUUUGAUAUAAUUUAUCUUUUUACAACUUUAUUUUACGAAUUUUUGUUUAAGGCGCAAACCGUUUCAACUUAGUAGAGGAAAAUGAAACUUUUUUUAUGUUCAAAUUACUUUGAUGUUAAUGAAGAAAUAGAUUGACUUUUCCUAAUGGGACAAUGUAAUGUUUUUGCGAUUUUCUUUAUUCAGUUUGGCCUCAGUGGAAAUGCAUUUGCUUGUGAUUCAAUCAAUCAUGCUUCGCAUUCGGAUAUUAUUAAGCGUGUUAAUCGCUGGAAGAAGCUCUAAAUAGGGUGUGGGAUUUUUUAAUUUCUAAAUUUGGCCAGUUGUGACUUAAUCUGAGGUUGUAACGUUAGGAUUUCGUGUUCAGCAUGAAAUUAUCAGUCGGGAUUGAAGAGUACUUUUGAGCAGAUAUAUUAAUAUCUUUAUAGUAUUUGACUGGCUUAACUAGAAUUUUGUCAAACCAACCGCCUCGUUUUACCUAGUUUUAAUUCUUUCGACGACGGUACACUAAUUGCCGUAAGGUUUCUAUUAACUCUAUUAUUGGCAUAUUUUAAUCAUUGAUAUUUUAACUUUCAACUGUGAUGACUUGUGUGAUCAGUUCGGCGACUUGUUUCUGUUUCUUUGUAUUUUCCAAUUUUUUUAUCUACACUUGCCCCCUGAUUUGGACCGUACAAAGUUUAGAUUACUAAUCCAAUGAAACAAACAUUAAUAGCCAGACACUAAAUAAUGGCCUGAUGAUGCUGAAAUAAAUUACCGAAACACAGACACACUUAACAAGAAAGCUUUAUUUGGUGAUAUUAAUGUAAAAUUGUAUAUACUGUAAAUAUUAUAAAUUACCUAAUUAAUGCAAUUAUGAAGAUUAUGUUUACAAUUACUAUUAAUUAUUAACAAUUAGCCAAAUUUGGUAGGCUGCUAUCCGUAUUUGAAAAUACAUUUAUAAACAUUUUAGAAAUUACGGAAUAUACUCACUCAACUCGUUAAUGAAAUUCCCUGCAUAUUACUAUCAAAUUCAAUUCUUGCAAACAUUCUGAAUACUUUUUGUGCAUUUGGUUUAUUCGAACUGUCUUUGCCUUACAGAUAUAUAAACCUGUAGCACCUACCUUAUAAAACUGUAUAAAUAAAUGUUAGGCCUGUUAUAAAAUUUUACGUGUUUACGUUAUGUUACGUUUAUUAAUAUUUACUGCGAGUAUUACAAUAAAAAAAAGUUUUUCCAAAUUUUCGUUUGCUAUAUUUUGUGGCUCGUCCUCAUCGAGUAUAAAAUAUGCACCUAACUGCCAAUUACUGUAAAUAGAAGAGUAAUUUAAAUUGGAUUAAAAUAUAUUUUAAUGUGCAAUAUAUCUAUUGAUAUGCUUCGAUAUCUAUUCGUGUCGGAUAUUAAUAUACAUAUUUUUAUGAAACGUUCGAUAUGAUAUAUCGAUAUAUUUAUUUAGCUAUUUGCGCUUAGCAUUACUUAAAAAGCGUUAGAAAGCUUUAAAGAACCUCAGCCGUUCGACGCGGGUUUUAAUUUGUUUAUAAACCACACUACUACGUUUUUCUUUUUCUACAGCAGAAAGUUAAAUUUUGUAUUUUGAAUAUAAAUAAAGCUAAAUAAUACAUUUUUUCAUAAUGAGUUUAUUGUUUCUAUAGUAUAAUCUAUUGUUUCGUUUAUUAGUUGGUCCUUCUUCUCUCUUUUAUUAUCCCUAAGUUGUUUUUUAAUUAGUUUGUUUAGUUCUACAUACUCUGUUGUACCCCUUUUCUUUAUUCAGUUGCUUUCGUUUUUCUAGCAGUCUCUUGAAAUUUUGAUCAAUUUUCUCUUUUGGAUUUGAUCUGUUCUUAUUUACUUCCUCAAUGCUGUCUUUUAGGGUUCUUUGUAUUUUGUCAUUGAAACUGUUAAUAUCGAGUAAGUCAUUCACUUGGGGGGAUCCAUUCUUCUCUCUACCGCUGUUUUAAACUGUUACGAAUACGAUAUUCGAGUGUUUUUAUGUUGAUAAAUAUAUUUUCUUUGUUGCUUUUUUUCGAUAGCAACUAUUGUUCGAAUCAAUCCAUUAGGUAUUAAAAGUAAGUAGCAUUAGGUGCUAAAAAAAUUAAUAAAAUCGAGUGUUUUUGUACGGAAAGUUAAACCGGUGGACGCCAAAAGAAUACUGUAUUAAUUGCAAUCGAAUGAAAAAUUGUCUACCUCGGGUAGCAAAUUUUGGACUUUGGGCCGAAGGGUUUUUAGAAAACGCCCGGUUAGUCGACUUCUAGUCACAUGACUUCUUAUUUAAAACACUUAAUCUUGCUAUUUUUAUUCAAAAUAUAGGUAUAGAUUCCUAUAAAAAAGUUUUAAUUAAACAAACAAAAAGUCGGUUUUUCGAGCCACGAAAAAAUUACAAGGGUUGUUUUAAUGAGAUGUAUUCUAAGGGUUAAUUAGUUGCUGUUAUUCAACAUAUAGGUAUAGAUUCCCCUAAAAAAAGUUGUAAUAAAACAAACAAAGUCGGUUUUUUAGAGCCACGAAAAAAUUACAAGAGUUGUUUUAAUGAGAUGUAAUCUAAUGGUUAAUUAGUUGUUAAUGCAUAUCGACAUUCAAAUUUUAAAAACUUAAAAAUAAAACACAAAUGUUCCAUUGUUUUGAAUAUUAUCCCUGCAUGAAAUUCCGUAAACAGAAAUAUUUAUUCAAAAAAGUUUGAGUUGUUGCUUAUUUUAUUAUCUAUAGUAAAAAAUAUAUUUUUGUCAUUGUUAAAUUUGUUGCCAGAAGAAUUUUCUUUAUUUUUUGGCCAGAUGCAAAAGCUGCAAUACUUUAUUACGGAUAAUUACAAUUUAGAGUUCUUCCAAGGAAAAAAAACGGCGUCUGCUUAAAUUAAAAUAUUUUCAUUUCAUUACCAAUAUGGUUGCUCUUUAUGGAUAAACUAUGAGAAAACAAUUCUACUCGUUCUUUUAAUAUUCUGUUUGAAUAUAUGGCAACUUUUAAAACAAAGUUAUUCAUUUGAAUCACUUCGGAUUCCCCUGCAGUUGUAGCAUUUUGAUAUCGUACUUUCAUGGUUUUUACUUGAACAUUCGAUAAUAUUGUUGUUUCCCUGGAAAAGCGUUGAGAACACAAAACUUGAGAACAAAAAACUGUUCACUUUUGUAAAAAUUAGCGAAAUAUGUUUCAAAACAUUAAUGAACGUGUUUUGCAUACAACUAAAGGUAUGUUCAGUUAUUAGUACUGAUACCAUGUAAAAAUACUCCGAAAAUGAUAGUGAUAGCAAUAUGAAAAUAAGCCCCAAAUAGUUUUAAUGUCUAAAGUUUUCUCACUUCCCAUUCGGUAGUACUUAUACUUCCAACACAUCUUAUUAUAAACAACAUCAAAAAUACGCACUAUUAAUUCUUCAGUAACAUACAGUUACAAAAUAUCUUUUUUGUCUAAAUUGAAAACACCCAGUGCAGACAUUCAGUUGCAUAGGCAAGCAGUGAUGUAAUUAAAAAAUAAUAUGUUUCAAUGGCAAAGUAGUACUUGUUUAAAGCAGAAUAGAAAAAUGUGAUGUACAUGUUGAAAAUUUAAUGGGUAAAUUUGCUCUGUAUGACCCGGUACUAUGUGUUUUGAUUAAACCAGGUAAUCAUCCAAUAAAGUAGAUUUUUGAUGUGAUAUAUCUGUUAGUUGGAUUAAUUGUGAAACUUCAUUGGUAAACAUUUGCGUAUAAUUAGGUCAUUACCACUUAACUAGAACACAAUGUACCAAGCAAACAGCUGAAAAUGGUCAAGUAUUUUAAGUAAUUUUAUGUUUAGUAGUUGAAAUUGGCACAAAUGUAAUGGUCCACAAACCAUAGAUGCUAUUUUACCGAUAUUUGUGUUACAAACAUGUCACAGUUCGUCAUUAGUGAACAUAAAUGUAUCUAUUAGUUUCAAUACAACAUAUCUAUACAUUUAUAGAUGUAUGUAUGUAUGUUGUAGAAAAGGUGUUUUAUUUAUAGUUUUAUAAAAUUAUCAGUUAACUCUAGGGGUCACUAGUUUAAAACUCAGUCAAACUGCAAUUUUUCAAAAACUGCCUUAAAUUAAUAUUUUCGUUUUGCCUCCACUGCACACGGCCAUCUAAUUUAACGCGUUCGAUAUUCUAACAUUCUUACGUAUUCGAAACAGUACAUUUGAUCAUAUUCAGAGUGCAGUGGUAGAAAUGGAAGAACUAGUCUGAUACCUCCAUUGGAUUUUAAAUGUUUAGACAUUCCUUCAAUCUUUUGUCAAUCUAUUAGGGUUUUUUAAUAUACAUAUAUAUUUUUUUGAAUUGACCUUGGAUGCGUUUUAAUUGCUCUUUGAACCAAACAGUUUUUACGACUUUAUUUUGGUAAAUGUGAUUAAUAUACGAUGUUCGCCGUACGUAUAACUAAAAAACCUAGCAAAUAUUUUAUACUCAAUAAAUAUAUUCCUCGUUGUUUCCUCUUUGCAAAGUCGACCUCCCAACUAUCAAAAUACAAAAGCUCGUAUAUGGGGGACCUAAAAAAUCUUAUGGUAAACUCAGGUGUUUCCCUAGCACUAAUGAAUUUGUAAUAAUGACUGAAAUAAAAUAAUGCUGACAGCAGGAGUUUUGAAAGCCAGGCAAUUCUUAUUAGGCACGGCUGUUUUUUUGUAUCAAGUUUGGUCAGUUAUAACUUUUUGGUGAGAUAAAAACGUCUUGGAUAAAAACACUAAAAGAGAUAAUAUUAGAUUAUAGGUCUAAAACAUUAAUUAAACGGUAUUGCCCUAUACGAGAGUUUGCUCUUUGCGGUGUUUUAUUUUCAUCUUUGCUGAUUUUUUCUUCGAAUAAAGUAAAAAGGGAGGUCUGACCUAUUUUCGCAGUUUUCAUUUAUUUGGUAGUUGAUUUGGAAAUUACGGUUUAUCAAUUAAAUAAAAUAUAUUUUAAACAUACCCUGUACAUUUGUAAAUUGUUAUUGAGCCUUUCAUAAUCAUAACGUUUUAGAAUCAUAAAUUGUUUUAGAGUUUGUCUUCGUUCAAGAUAAUUUUAAAUAACAUUGGAAAAUUAACUCCCAAGUAGAAACACUUAAAUAAAAGUUUUUGGUUUGGUAUGAUUCUGCGAAAUUUCAUUCAUUUUUAUUACACACUUGACCAAGUACCUCAUUAAUUGUAACAUAAGUUAAUAUGACGUGAAUAAAUUAAGCUAAGUUUCAUUUCUUUUUCGUACACUUGUUAGUAACUGUUUAUUUCGCCAUGUUCAUUGUAGAGAGUUCUCAUUUGUAUAUAUUUAUUGUAGAUUAUUGACCAAUUAAAUAUUUGCUAAAUCUAUUUCUUUAGAAUAAUAAUGUGUCGUUUCUAAAAUAAAGUAUCGCAAUAAGGUUUGGAGUUAAUCAGUUUCUGAAACGGACGUUUAUCCGAUUUUAAAACUAAAAAUAUUUAUUUCUAUACGAAAUCAGGCUUUAUUUCAAAUAAUUUAAAAUGUAAAAUUGGACUUUGUGAUAGGAUGGUAUGAUUAGUUAAAAAUAAUACUAUUCGUACCUUAAAUAAGACGGAUAAUAUUUGUAUAUGUUCAUACAGGGUGGUCGGAAAAGUAGAUGAAUUAUUUCAAAAAUACUUUUCUACUGCUGUAAAUAUCAUUAUCCGUCGUACAUUUAAGUGAUGGACCAGAAGUAGUUUCAUUAUAUGCACUGCAUAUCUUCCGCCCUGUAUGCUAAGAAAUUAUUUGUAGUGUGUAAUGUAAAGUUUUAUACUUAUAAGAGUUUAUUGUUAAAUAUUCUUUGUGAUAAGUACAUUUUAGUAGAACAAGUACAAUGUAAGCCAUUGGUAAAUUGGAGCAUGAUAAGAAACAUUUAGCGCGUUUUUUAUAUGUAUACUCCUUGAUAUUUAUUUUCAGAUCUGAUUGUGACCAAUGGCUCCUUAACUAUUUUCAAAUACAUCGUCUCUAACUUUAUGGUCAAGUUUGGAUGUGAAUAAAAACUAUCUGAAAUAA